AUGAAAGAGAGUGAAUUCUCACUGAUCAAAAAUGAUUUCGAAGUGAGUUAUUUUAAAAUUCAUCAAAUUUCAAGAGGGAUAGGGAGAUCAAGUUCAUCUUUAAUUAUAUCAUUUUUUCAGAGCUUGAACUAUGCAAUAUUUGUGGCUGCUAAUUUACCAGUUCUAAGCAAUUUAUGCUUAAAACUGGUAAAAAAACACAAAGAAGUAAAGAAAGAACUAAUUGAAGCUCUCGGACCGGCUUUCAAUCGAAAUUCGGUGCAAGUUGUCCAAAGGAUGCGAGUUCUGAUAAAAAACCAAAAUGCAGCGAAUUGGUCAACAGAAAGAAGGUAUUUCAUCAACAUUGAAGAUCAUCAAAUCAUAACACUUGGGAUGAAGAAGAAAAUAAGAAAACAGGUAUUGGCCUGUACACUUAUUUAUGCAUCAGAAGGUCAAGGAUUGGAAAAAUUGCGCCGGAUGAUUGAGUGAGUACAACUUUAAAUACAUAUACUUUAUCCCCCACGUACUCAAUAUUUUUCAGUGCCACAAGUCGAGAUGUAUUCAAAAAGGCGGCGGCGAAAAAAAAUGGAAGAUUUGUACAAUGCUUAUGA